CAAAGUUGUUGGAAUGAGGAGAACAGAACGCGAGUUUUCCCCGAUUUCAAAUUUUCAAAUGGAAAUCAUCAAUCAAGACGGAAGACACCCCCAGAGCGACGUCGUGGCCGCCGUGGUAGCCCGUGACUGCACGCUGCAUUGAGAAACUUUUUGAGCCCCCCCUCCACCCCACACACACAUCAACCAUCGCCGUCCAACUCAGUGCCGAGGGGAAUGAGAGCCUCCUCAGGCUUUCUCCAACUACCGCUUUCAGGAACAACAUUUGGACAAAAAAAAAACACUCGAAGAAGCAUACGGCAACCCCAACUCAUAAUGCGGACAGAUUGAGCUGCGCCAGGAAACAAUAAUACUCCCGUGGACAGCUUGUGUUGCAAGAAUCUAUUGCUGGAUCUACCGCGAGCUCGAGUGCUGAACGAAAAUCGCUUGGUUUUUUUUCUUUCUUCUAUUUUACUAUCCCAUAACCAAGGAAAGAUAACUGCCAGAGGUUUGCCCUUAUCUGACAGAGAUGACGUCUCCGGCGAAAUUUCGUAAGGAGAAGGAGAUUAUUGCAGAAUAUGAGACUCAAGUUAAAGAGAUCCGAGCGCAGCUGGUGGAGCAGCUCAAGUGCCUGGACCAGCAGUGUGAGCUGCGGGUGCAGCUGCUGCAGGAUCUGCAGGACUUCUUCCGCAAGAAGGCCGAGAUCGAGAUGGACUACUCGCGCAACCUGGAGAAGCUCGCCGAGCGCUUCCUCACCAAGACACGCAGCACCAAGGACCACCAGUUCAAGAAGGAGCAGGCGGUGUUGUCCCCGGUCACCUGUUGGAACCUGCUGCUGAGCCAGGUGAAGAGGGAGAGCCGUGACCACGCCACGCUGAGUGACCUGUACCUCAACAACAUCAUCCCGCGCUUCGCACAGGUCAGCGAGGACUCCGGACGCCUCUUCAAGAAGAGUAAGGAGGUGGGACUGCAGCUGCAGGAGGACAUGAUGAAGGUUCUAAACGAGCUCUACACGGUGAUGAAGACGUACCACAUGUACAACACGGACAGCAUGAACGCGGAGAGCAAGCUGAAGGAGGCGGAGAAGCAGGAGGAGAAGCAGAUGAGUCGCUCCGUGCGGCAGGAGGAGCGCCAGAGUCCUCGCUCCCCCGACGCCCUCACCACCGUCAAGAUCGAGGAGAAGCACGUCCGCCGCUCCUCCGUCAAGAAGAUCGAGAAGAUGAAGGAGAAGCGGCAGGCCAAGUACACUGAGAACAAGCUGAAGGCCAUCAAGGCUCGUAAUGAGUACCUGCUGCAGCUGGAGGCCACCAACGGAUCCGUGUUCAAGUACUACAUCCACGACCUCUCCGACCUCAUAGACUGCUGUGACCUGGGCUACCAUGCGAGUCUGAACCGGGCCUUGCGGACGUACCUGUCGGCCGAGUUCAACGUGGAGUCGUCCAAGCACGGCGGGCUGGAGAGCAUCGAGAGCGCAGCGGACAACCUGGAGGCCAACGCCGACAAGCAGCGGCUCAUGGAGACCUACAACAACGUCUUCUGCCCGCCCAUGCGCUUCGACUUCCAGUCCCACAUGGGGGACACGAUGGAUCAGCUGUGUGCACAGCAGCCUGUGCAGGUGGAGUUGUUGCAGAGGUGUCAGCAGCUGCAGUCCCGCCUGUCCACACUGCGCAUAGAGAACGAGGAGGUGAAGAAGACUAUGGAGGCCACUCUGCAGACUAUCCAGGACAUGGUGACGGUGGAGGACUUCGACGUGACCGACUGCUUCCACCACAGCAACUCCAUGGAGUCGGUCAAGUCCACCAUCUCCGAGUCCUACAUGAGCAAGCCCAGCCUGGCCAAGAGACGGGCCAACCAGCAGGAGACUGAACAGUUCUACUUCACGAAGCUGAAGGAGUUCCUGGAGGGCCGCAACCUGAUCACCAAACUGCAGGCCAAACAUGACCUGAUCCAGAAGACCCUGGGAGAGAGUCAGAAGACUGACUACUGCCUUGCCAGUGGAAGGAGGAGUUCCUCAGUGAGGAAGCAGGAUUCUAGUCAGAUGAUCCCCCUGAUGGUGGAGAGUUGCAUUCGCUUCAUCAGUCGUCAUGGUUUGCAUCAUGAGGGCAUCUUCAGAGUGUCUGGCUCUCAGGUGGAAGUCAACGACAUCAAGAAUGCCUUUGAGAGAGGUGAGGAUCCUCUGGCGGGAGAUCAGAAUGACCAUGACAUGGACUCCAUCGCCGGGCGUGCUCAAGCUCUACUUCAGAGGCUGGAGCACGCCCUCUUCCCCAAGGAAGUCUUCCAUGACCUCAUUUCCUGUGUCUGUAAGUCCCUCCAGGACAGAGCUGUACACAUCAAUAAGGUCCUGCUUCAGCUGCCCAGCAACACCCUGGUCAUCAUGAGAUACCUGUUUGCUUUCCUCAACCAUCUGUCCCAGUUCAGUGAGGACAACAUGAUGGACCCGAAUAACUUGGCCAUCUGCUUCGGCCCGACGCUGAUGUGUGUUCCGGAGUGCCAGGACCAGGUGUCCAGCCAGGCGCACGUCAACGAGCUGAUCAAGACCAUCAUCAUCCACCACCAGGCCAUCUUCCCCGGCCCCCGCCACCUCCAGGGGCCCGUCUACGACCGCGGGGUCCCCGACGACUACUGGUGA